AUGGAGAGAAUGUCUUAUGUCAAGAUCGCCGGGAACGUCGUCUGGGAUCCCAACGCAAUCGCUCUGACGGCGCUUGCUUCGGACGCCCUACCCCACGACCUGCUCCCCUCCUUCGCCGUCCUCGCAUCGGACGAGGAGCGCGAAAGGAAAGCCCAGGCCUCUAUCCCCGGCACCUAUCAUGUCAUUGUCAUCCCCGAAAGCUUCGCUCAUCUGCCUGAAUACACCACGACGCCGUGCGACAAAGAUCUAGACCCCCUCUCGUCGCCGAUCAGUGCCGAUGGCGAAAGCGACCACCUCGACAGCCCCAUCGAAGUGGACGAUCCCAACGUGGUGAUCGUCAAGAUCGUUCGAGACACCCGAAGAUACCCAUACUCCCACCGCCGGGAUUCGACGCAAACCCCCGACUCCGACCUCCCGCUGCCUUUACCCGUCGACUCCGCCUUGUAUCCGGCCAUCCAGAGUAUCGUGGACGAAGACCCCGCCCACGACAAAUUCGAUCUCAGGAACUAUGAGAUCGGUCUCUUUGACCACUUUCGCCAUGUCGUCUGGCAGCAGUUGAUGGCUGGGGGGACGAUCUUUGCCCGUUCGAACCACCACCAUUUGGAUGUUGACCUAUUCGAGCAAGAAGCGGCGAACUUUCCUCCGCUGUACCAUGCAAUCCUGGCCGUGUCAGCUCUGAGUCGAUUCCGGCAAGGAGAUGACCAGAGUGUUCAUAGCCUGCAUUAUGUCAACCAAGCGUAUGACUAUCUCCAGAACAACUUCGACAGCGCGAACGACGUGGUUUCCGACAGGAUCUUUCUUACCUAUUUCUUACUUUUGAUUUAUGAGACGAUCGCGCCGAGAACCACUGCUUCCUCCGUAUGGUCCCAUCAUGUCUCUCGUCUUCUGCAAAUAUACAUCGCCCGGCAAACAACCCUGGGCGGAGAACGGUAUCCAUUCAUCAUCUGGUGGAUCUGCAAUAUCGACCUGCAUGCCCUUCUCAGCGGCAUCGGGACGGGAGAGUUCGUGAGGACCGUCAUCGAUCACAACAUCUACCCGGGGCUGGACUUUCUGCUCUAUCGCAUGGAGGACGGCCGCUAUCCAGCCGAGCCGGACAACCUGUCCAUGACAUUACGCCUAUAUCAUAAUACGUUUACGCUGCUCGUCCGACUGGGGCUGUUUGCGGCCAGCGCGCGAGAAUUCCGCCAGUCAUACCCUGAUUCGCCGCUUGACCACCAGCUCAACGCCGCAGAGGAACUGCGCGAGGAGCUGCGGCGGCUGUGGGGGUCCUCGGAGAUGUGUUAUUUGGUCGAGAAUCGGGAGAGCCUUCCCGAAUUGGCACAAUAUAUCCUCCAACAGAUCACGAUCCUCUUCCACACCGCUCUCCUCUUCUCCUACACCAGCCUCUGGCCCCGACAGCGGCUGGAACAGGGGCAAGCGACCGAAGACGAAAUCCACCACCAUGCGACGAUGAUCCUGCAACUGGCGGAAACGCUGAUCCCCAGCGAUGGCGAGUGCGGUCGCAAUCUGAUCGGGUUUCCGAUGUUUUUGGCUGGGGCGGUGGCGGCGUCGAGCGGGCUGAAAAUCCGCGCGUGGCAGUUGCUGUCCCGGCUGGAGGAGGAGGAAAUGGGGUAUAAUGCAUCGACGACGAAUUACCUGCUGCAACUGGUCUACGAGCGACAGAUGCAACACUCACGGCAUGGAGGGGAGGCGAUUUGGAUCGACUGGAUGGAGCUGGUGGCUGCGCGCGAGUGUCCGGUGCAUUAUGGAUGA